GAAGAAAAUCCUUUAAAGGCUGUAUAAAUAACGUAUAUGUUAAACACUUAGCGGUUACUGAAGGCGAGGCUUUUUCGAAGAGAAACAAUGGCAGAAGCUCCAGAAAACGAAUUACGAAUGGUCCUGAUUGGGAAAACUGGAAAUGGCAAAAGUAAGACUGGGAACACAAUUUUAGGGCAGAAGAUAUUCCAUUUUGGUUGCGAUUCGGUGUCCCUGACAACUACUUGUCAACUGAGAAAUGCACAUAGAUUUGGCAAAAAGAUUAGCUUGGUAGAUACCCCAGGAGUGUUUGACAACAGAACUGAUAAUGAAAAUGUUCAAAAGGAAAUAAAGAAGUGCAUCUGGCUUACAUGUGAAGGUCCACAUGCAAUAAUUCUAUGCGUUCCAAUUGGCCGUUUUACAAACGAAGAUGUGGAGACUGUGAAUCAUUUCUGUUCCCAUUUUGGUGAAAACUUAACAAAGUAUGUUAUUGUUUUAUUCACGGGAUUCGACAAUUGGAAACGUGAUAGGAUAGAUAACUCUCUUGAUCCAGGUAUGGAAGGAUUCAUUGAUUCUCUUACACCCCCCUUGAGAGAAUUUUUAAGUAAGUGCGGGAAUCGUUUCAUUGAGUUUGACAAUACUUUGAAUGAAACCAGCGCCGACAGCCAAGUGCAAAGACUCCUAGGGAUUGUUGAAAAAAUGGUGAGAGAAAAUGGAGGGUCACAUUACACAAAUGAAGAUUAUCAAAAGGCAGAACUAGAACUGCAAAAACAGAUAGAGGAGAACAAGAAGGAAAAAGAAAGAGAAAUCCUGAAAAUGCAACAAGGAAUGAGAAAAGAAAUAGAUGAUGACCUAAGAAAACAUUAUAAAGAAAGAGAGCAAAAAUUAAUACGAGAGCUGCAAGAUAUCCGAGAUGAGACAAAAAAGCAAAACUGGUUACAAGGCGUGUUAAAUGCAGGGAUAAGUCUUGUCAGGUCAUUUUUCGGAAAUUAAUCUAGAUCUACAUAAAAUACUGCCAGACAUGCUUCGGCGGAAUAAGAUAGCACUUAACGUUCUUACAUAACCUUGUACACAAAACCAUCGACUGUUUUAAAACAACUAUGAUUAAAUUAUUUGUCUAAUAUUGCUUCGAUAGUAAAACUUAAAAGAGCGAGUGUUUAAUAACCUGUAUUGCUUUUUUAUUAUAUUUCUUGUAUACAAAUAUAGUUCAAUAUCUGACUAUUUUAUACAUAACUUGAUGUUGUUUUGUUGGUUUCUUUUCCUUUUUAGCCUGUGUUUUAAUCCUAUGAAAUAUUUUAAGGACACGACAUUGUAAAUCAAGAAAGCUCUAAAUAAAUUGUAAUCUUCA